AUGAGUCAGACAGACAAAGAUUCAGUGACACCUGAAAAGAGUUUUGCCUCCCCAACAACUGAUGCAUCAAUCAAAGACACUGCAUCUCCUUCUGUUUCAUCGCUGUUCAGCACAGAGAAGCCAACAGCACGGCCCGUUAGCAACCAAGACAGUGCUGCCACAGAUCAGACUGCAAAGCCCUCAUACCAGACUACUGAUACUUCUUCCCCCACUUCAGUACAUGAAGAGGGAUCAGGUGUCCAAACACCAGACAUGUUCACUUCAUCCUAUUUUGUCCCUGAUACAUCUUCAUCCUUAUACAGCACUGUGUCCCCACCAGCACAAACACCUCAAGCAAAAGAAAGUCUUGGAACAGAUCAGACAGCAAUAUCACCCCCCUCAGGAGAACCACCAAUGUCUGCAGUCUCUAAUGAGGUGCUAAGAAGCUCAAUAACUUUGACUCAAAGUCCACCUUUCAUAUCAUCAACCAUUCAGGGUAUUGAUGAUGACGAUAUUGUUAGUGAAGUUACAAUGGUUGAGUCUAGUCCAUCCAUCAUAGCAUCAACAAUUAAAUCUGAAACAUCAUCCUUCCUCAUCACAACUGAUACAGAUGGUUCUGGAGAUGGCACAACUGACUUUACUAAAGACUCAGUCUUCACUACAACUGUUUUCCCUUCAAAGUUGAGUCCAGAGUCUCCAUCUGUUACUUUAUUAGAUGAAUCCAAACCAAGUGAUUCUUCCUCAGCCACUGUUACAAUUGCUUCAUCACUUUACAGUACAGACGAACCAACUUCAUUGUCAUCUAAAACACAAGAGACUGUUACCAUGAGUCAGACAGAGGAAGAUUCAGUGACACCUGAAAAGAGUUCUGCCUCCCCAACAACUGAUGCAUCAAUCAAAGACACUGCAUCUCCUUCUGUUUCAUCGCUGUUCAGCACAGAGACGCCAACAGGACUGCCAGUUAGGGACCAAGACAGUGCUGUCACUGAUCAGACUGCAAAGCCCUCGGAUCAGGAUGAUGGUUUUUCUUCCACCACUGCAACACAGGGAGAAGGAUCAGGUGACCAAACUCCAGACAUGUUCACUUCAUCCUCCUUUGUCCCUGAUACAUCGUCUUUAUUCAGCACCGUGGCCCCGACAGCACAAUCUCCUCAAACAGAAGAAAGUCUUGGAACAGAUCAGACAAAAUUACCAUCACUUUCAGCAGAACCGCCAGUUUCUACAGUCCCUGAUGAGUUACUAAGCUCAAGAACAGUGACUCCAAGUUUACCUUCUUUCAUAUCAUCAACCAUUCAGGGUAUUGAUGAUGAUGACGAUAUUGUCAGUGAAGUUACAAUGCACAGAGAAGCCAACAGCACUGCCAGUUAG